AGGCUGCCAUCCUCCGAUAUUCCCUCAUUUGUUUUGCUAUCAGUUUAGCAUAAAUUCCAUUGAUAAAUAUUUAAGAAUUCAAACAAAGAUCAUUCAUUCCUGUCAAACAUUCCUUUUGGUACUUUAUUCACGAAUAUUCAUUACGGCAAAAAGCAGUGAAAAUGGCCAACAGUCGCCCUAGUCCUUUCAUCCUCAUACAGCACACCCUCAUUUUGUUACUUUCUUGUCAACAAAUCCUAGUUUCGGUUACUUCUGCGCCUCUUUCUGUUUCUCUAGGUGUAGCAAAAGCCGGGUCGGGAUUACGAGACGCGAGUUUUCCAGCCUUUCAUGCCGGAGCGGGAGCGGCUAGUCCUCUUCGUCGCCGAGCAAUGUUAGCCAGCACCGGCCGUGGCGAAUUCGAAGCCAUGUCUCAGGCUGCAAACAUGAGAUUGACCACUCAAUCAUUGCAAGCGCCCACACAAUUCCAACGUUCCGCAUCCUCCAGUAUUCGCAUGCCCUCAGCAAUUCCAAAUCCCUACUUAGGGAAGAAUCCCUAGCGGCCGUAAAAGUGUAGGCACAGGAGCAUUCAUACCAGGGAAAUCCUAACUUCCCAAAGCUUCAAAACCCUAUGGGGGGAUCCAACAGAGUAUCAACGGGUGCCCUUGCUCAUCCAAAUCCCCUCCCUUUUGAAAGCUCAACGCCUAAGAUCGCUGCCCAACAGGCAAGUUCCCGUGUCCCAGCACGCAACUUACAGGCUGCCAAACAAUCUCAAUCAAAUCAAAGAACGAUGUCAGCAGGUCGGAAUCCGUAUAUCCCUAGGCAAAGUCCGCUAGGAUGGCCCAGACCCAGUCCGCCUCCGCCGGGCCCGAUAAGCAAACCGGCAGGUUUUCGUCCCGAGGAGUCUGUGACUUUGUCCACUGCAAGCGGCAGGAAAGCCAACGACCGCUUCUCCCCGCCAUCCAACUCUCGUAUGAGUGCCGAUUCCAGUCCACCGCCAGUCUGGGAACAGCUUGCCGGAGUCGAUCAACACGUAGCAAACACUAUCACCCAGAUCUCGCAUAACAGGGCUGGUCCGACCUCGCUUCAACGGGGUGGAUCCAACGUGCCUACUUAAGGGAAUGGAUUACAGAGUGGCCGGUCUCGCCACUUGAUCGACUUUCUUCAUCGAGUGCCCCAUACGCAGUGACAACCCCGUUCAUGCUGCCUCCCGUCCUUUGAACAGACCAGCCAUUCAAAGUCGUCACGGCUUCCAAUUUUCUUCUUUAAUUUUACUUUGAGUGUUGUCCAUAACCUGCGUGUUGACAUGGAGAUGUCUAUCGACUGAUCCAGCUAUUUCAAUCAAGUUGUGGGUGUGUUGCUAUUUUUGUUGGGAAGCGUGGACCAUUUUCAGUUUGCCUUUUCAAGUAUAUUCUGUUUGGGGUCCCCACUUCACUCUGUCUCUUUUUAUUAAAUAUUUAAGAAAUCAUUUUCUUGGGCAAUCCAUUGAAGAUCGAGCCACAUUGCUUGUAUUUGGAAAGAGGAUUCUCGAGGAACUGGGGCACACACGCCCGACUUCUCAGAGCCGCGGGACACCGGAAUAGACGAUACACCAAUCAUCAACAUUAUAACUGACUUGAAUUACGACAAGCUUUCAAGAUAAUACAGGCAGGACCAGGUGAUGAGACAACAGGCUAGAUAAGCAGACAAGCAAGGAAGUACAUACAACUAAAUAGAGAGAGAAAGAGGAGACGAUUCUUCGUCGGCGAGAAGAGAUAUAUGAUACAAUUACAGUGAGCAACAUCGAGCGAAUUCGAGACUAUAAGAAAACAGUCAGAAAGAGCUGAUAGAAAGGAGUUGAUGAAACGUACCUCCUCAGUAUAGUUACAAAAAAAACAUACAACAAGGAGGACACCCCACAUCUGACCCCGCACUCUGCUUUGAAGGCCAGAUAGGUAAAGAGUAGAGAUAAGAGAGAAAAGGACGAGGCAGAGGGAGAGAAAGGUAUGAGGAGGAAGUAAGGUCAGAGAGACGCUACUCUGGGAUGGGUAUACUUCUGUGUGUGGUGGGAGGAUUAAUAAAUAUGGGAUAAGGGUAGAUUAAAUGAGACCGCGCACUAGUCAUACCAUGAUGAUAAGUUGGCGCCAGAAGAACCCGGGCCCUGAUAAAGAAAAAAAAAAGAAACUUGGAUAGCCAAAUAGAUAUGAGUACAAAAGACUAAGCUCUAGGCCCGAUCGAUUUCUUCUUCUUCUGAGGUCUGGAUAGACUCAAGAGCGAAGAGGAGGAUGAUUCGAGAGCUUCUGCAGAGCGGUCGACGGCCCGCUUAGUUGAUUGAGUUGUCUGAACUGAGCCCAAUUGUUGAGAUGGUUUAGAGUGAAGUCGACGGGAUUUCACUGAGGGGAUUUGUUGCUCCCAUAGAUCGACCUUGGCCAUCGUCGAUGAAGGAAGGUUGUGAUGGGAGUUCAAGAGGUAGUGGACCUGGUCAUGUGCGGAAUGACUGACUAUAGAUUCAUUGAUCGUUGUAGAAGGUAUCAGGCUUUGCGGACCCAGGUAGAGAUGAGAGGAUCCGCUU